AUGUCGAAAUCUACAAUGAGGGCAGCUCGCUAUCACCCGGAAACGAACAAAUGCACGAUCGACGAGAUCCCCAUUCCGACCAUCACGGAUCAUGAAAUCUUGGUCAAAGUUGCGUCUGCCAGUCUGUGUCAUUCGGACCUGAUGCUAUUCAAUGGCUCCAUCCCUGCCACCGAGCCCGUGGUCAUGGGCCACGAGGGGGUUGGGUACGCAGAGGAGUUGGGCGCCAAAGUCAACGGCUUCAAGCGCGGCGACCGACUCGGAUUUCUGUACAUCAAGGACGUAUGCUUUGAAUGCGAUGGAUGCUUAGUGCACAAUCUCAACUGUAAACUGGGCACCGCCAAAAUCCAGGGUUUCCAGUGUGACGGCUUCUUCGCCGAGUACGCGGCGGUCGACUAUCGCAACGCCAUCAUCCUGCCCGAGAAUCUCAGCAUGGAGACAUCGGCGCCGUACUUCUGUGCCGGCAUUACAGCAUUCCACGGGGUCGACUCGUGCACGCUGAAGCCAGGACAGUCGAUGGCCAUCAUUGGAUGUGGCGGGCUGGGCCAGAUGGGCAUCCGCUGCGCCAAAGCCAUGGGCCUUGAAGUGGUGGGCAUCGACAUCAACGACGAGGUUCUGGCCGCCGCAAAGGAGAACGGCGCAGAUGUGACCGUCAACAGCAGGAGUGAAGACUUCGAGAAACAAGUCCGGGAUGCGACGCGAGGAGGCGCCGACGCCGCAGUUGUCUUCAGCGCCGCCCAGGCUGCCUAUGACAGUGCGACCAAGAUUCUGCGCAUCGGCGGAGUCCUCAUGGUCAUUGGCUUGCCCGACAAACCACUCCAGUUCUCUGCCUUGGACCUGAUGAGGAAGCUCUACCAGAUCCGCAGUGAAAGCACCGGCCCGCCACAGCAGAUGCCGCGAGCUUUGGAGUUCAUUUCCAAGCAUGAGAUCAAGCCCAAGGUUGAUUUCUUCAAGCUCGACCAGAUCCAUGAGAUGAUGGAUCUGAUGAAGAGUGGCAAGUCGAGAUCCAGGAUGGCGGUAGUGUUCUAG